CAAACUUGGCUAUCAGUCGGAUUUUUCAUUUUAUGUGUAUUAAGUGUCUAUGUAACAGAAGAAAAAAUAAUAAAUAAUAAAACUACAAAACAGUCUAUUUGCAUAUAAAUUAAUAAUAGUAAUAGUUUUCAUGGUAGAAAGAAAAUUCACAAUUUAAAAAUGGUCUAGAAACAUAAAUGGCACACUGUGAAAGCUCCUAUGAUUGCACUUUCAACUGGCUUUCUCAGCUUGUCUACAUAUCAUAUAUAUAAAGUUAUUACUGUAAAUAAAACAUGUGUAUUUUCAAUAAAUAGAUGGUUAACUAGCUCCCUGGGCCACAUGAGCUGGCAUCAGUGAACCGUAGAACACUGGAUCUUUUGUGAACCAUCGGCUCUGUUGGAAUGCAAGUUUGACCAUCAGAUGAGAUUGUAUCGUGAUUUCCUGUCUUUGUGUUCCUGCAGUGAACAGAGUAUCUGCCAGGCGCGAGCCGCUGUUAUGGUGUACGACGAUGCCAAUAAGAAGUGGGUCCCAGCUGGUGGUUCCACGGGCUUCAGCAGAGUCCACAUCUACCACCAUACAGGCAACAACGCCUUCCGUGUAGUGGGACGCAAGAUCCAAGAUCAUCAGGUGGUGAUAAACUGUGCCAUUCCCAAAGGGCUGAAGUACAACCAGGCCACGCAGACCUUCCACCAGUGGCGUGACGCCCGGCAGGUCUACGGCCUCAACUUCGGCAGCAAGGAGGAUGCCAAUGUAUUUGCCAGUGCCAUGAUGCACGCCCUGGAGGUGCUCAACUCCCAGGACACAGGCCCCACGUUGCCCAGGCAGAGCCCCCAGGUUCAGAAUGGCCCCACAGCAGAGGAGAUGGAGCUGCAGAGAAGGCAGCUUCAGGAGCUGCAGAAGCAGAAGGAGAUGGAAAGGGAGCAUCAGGAGCGAGAUCGCCAAGAAAGGGAGCGUCAGGAGCGUGAGCAUCAGGAGAAGGAACGCCUGGAGCGAGAGAUGCUGGAGCGCGAGCGACAGGAGCGCGAGCGUCAGGAACGAGAGCGUCAGGAGAGGGAGGCGCAGGCGGAGAGGGAGAGACUGGAGCGGGAGCGCCAGGAGCAGCAGGAGCGCAGCGAGCGUGAGCUGAUGGAGAGGGAGAAGGCAGAGAGGGAGCAGCAGGAGCAGUUGGACAGAGAGCAGCAGGACUGGGAGAGAGGGAGACGCAUCUCCAACGCUGCCUUCGAAAGCACACUGUUCACUCCCACGCCACAGGAGUACGGCAGAACAUCCUCCACGCCCGUAUCCCCGUCCACGUCCACAUACCCCGCCCCCGGGACGGCGUCACCCUCCUCCACUACUCCACCCACCCCGCCUCUAAGGCACUCGGCCUCCCGAUUCGCCACCUCACUGGGUUCUGCCUUCCACCCAGUCCUGCCUCACUACGCCACGGUCCCCAGGCGACAGCAAGCCUUCCCCCAAGCCCCGCCUUCUGCUCCCGCUCCGGCCCCCGUACCAGCCCCGCCCCCUCCACCCAAAUCAGUGGUGUGGUCAGCGUGCAACUUCACCCCCCUGCCCCCUUCCCCCCCUGUCAUGAUAAGCAGCCCCCCAGGGAAGGCUGCAGGUCCUCGGCCACUCAUCCCCAUCGCAGCCCCUUCCCCUCUCACCCAGAAGCCCCCCUCGCCGGCCCCCAACGGCCCACCCAUGUUCCCCGCACCUUCUCCGGUGACCAUCCCGCACAGCCACACCCCUAUUGGCAUCGCCUGCCCCACCCCGCCUCCCCCACCUACCCCACCCCCUCUCCCCUCCCCCAUAGCCCCCCCUUCGUCUUCCUCCUUGGUCUCGUCUCCCCCCUCCUCAUCCCAGGCUCCUGGUGUGCCCUCUCCCUUCACAGCGCCCCCUGCUGCAGCCGCCGCCGCCACCUCUGCCUGUGCUGAGCACCUCUCUCUCCCACUGGGCCUGGGUCUGUCGGGGCCGGGGGAGCCGGACACAGCUACAGGCCCAGAGACCCUCCUGGCUCAGGGGGGCUCCUCCUGCCAACCCCAGCCCCAGGAUGUGAUGCCGAGCCCAGGGUUGACCACCCCCACCCCUCCACCACCUCCCCCCCUGCCGCCCGGCUCCACUGUGACCUCCGCAGCCCCCCUCUCCACCCCAGCCGGCCACCCUCCCCCUCCACCACCUCCCCCGCUCCCUCCUACGCUGACUCCAGGCGGGACCCCCCCUCCUCCACCCGGUCCACCUCCUCCUCCAGGAGCCCCACUGCCUCCCCCGGCUCCUCCCCUUCCCGCCGGACUGUUUUCUCCUGCGGAGGAUCGUCCCCUCUCAGGCCUGGCCGCUGCCCUUGCUGGAGCCAAACUGCGCAAAGUGCCAAGGAGUGAUGAUGCAGGGGCAGCUCUGGCAGCAGCCCUGUUGGGGGCCGGAGGGGCCGCGGGGGCCAAAUCUGAAGCCAGAGGCAACGGGCCGCUGCCUGGAGGAGGAGGGCUGAUGGAAGAGAUGAGCGCCUUAUUGGCCAGAAGGAGAAGAAUUGCAGAGAAGGGCUCGUCUCCUGAACCUGACCAGAGAUCAGAGGAGGGCGAGAUAAACACGACCCCUAAAGUGUCAGCCUGUAGCACACCAGACAUGCCCAGAAAGCCAUGGGAAAGAACAAACACCAUGAAUGGUAGCAAAUCUCCAGUUAUCGGAAGACCGAAGUCCACUCCGACACCUACUGCAUCCUUAAGUGCCAACGGUGUGCCAACAGAAGCUGUUGACUAUGACAGAUUGAAACAGGACAUUCUGGAUGAGAUGAGGAAGGAGCUGUCCAAGCUAAAAGAAGAGCUCAUUGAUGCAAUCAGGGAGGAGCUGGGAAAGUCCAGCACGGCGUAGAGGAUCCAGACUUCCUCUUCACAACACCUACAUCCACACGACCCGACAGACAACCACAGUCCGUUUAAGACAUGACGAUACAACAGCAGAAAAUCAACUCAACAAAACGGUGACGGUGACAAUAAUCAUAUUAAUACUGACAGAGGACAACAAUGGACAUGGUGCUGGUGGGAGGCUUUUAACUCUGAUAGCUGUGACUCACAGAAUCCCGUGUGUCCGCUGCCUCCUGACCCCGCCCACCCCUGGAUCACAUCCUGGAGGACAGAGUGUGAAAGAGAAGCAGAUGUCUUUAUUCAAAGAUGAUUUCACUCUCUCUGUCCUAUAAUAACGAGAGAAAAAACAAGACAUAAAAAGAAAACAGAACUGAUACUGUAUUAACCAUUGGCGCAUAGGUGAACAGUAAGAAUCAGAACUCUUGUGAUCUACUAUCAAAAGACACGUUUUAUUAAGAGAGUUUGGAGACAGGAAGAAGGUGGGGAUGGAAAAUAAAACCUUUUUUCCCAUAAUGCCAUAGGGGUAGCAUGCGUGCGUGCGUGCGUGUGUGGGUGUGUGUGAGUGUGUAUGGGGGACUUACAGUCUCUGGUGAAGUCCACCACUGCAGGACACUGUAAAGCUUGUCUUCCUCAAAUACUAUUUUAACCUGAAUAUGUACAAAAGAGAGAAAAGUUAUUUAGAAAAAAAAGCAUCUAUCAGCCCUGUCUGUUUGAGUGUAGAUCUAUGGCCAUAUCAAGUAGCUCAAUAACCCAGUCUUUUAACAGGACGCUCUCUCGUCUGUCUCUUUGUCUGUGGACUCAUAAUCACUCGUCGUUUCCCUCAUUUCUUCGUUCAUACUGUUGAGUGGCAGGUGGACGAGACACGGAGGGUUGCUGCCUUUCAAACGGCAGCCAUUGUAGCUCUCUACCAAACUUUCUCUGUCGACGCAAAGUGCUGAUUUGCUAAUACCCAUCAUGCUAGUUGACCAUGGCCAGACGUGUAGAUAGAACUGUACGUUUUGAUUUGAACACUCUCUUUCCUUCUCUCUCGGUCUCUGUCAUGGUUAUGUCAUAUAUAGCUACUCUAUUUGGUGCAUGUAUGGUGGUUUUCUUUUUAUGGUGAGGGUCACAAGUCUGCCACGAAGUUGCAUUACCUGUCGCAAGUUUAUUACAAGCAAUAAGUGUAGCAUCUAUUUUAAGGCCCACCUGCCCCAGUCCUAACACCACCCAACAUUUGUCUUUGUCCGUCUGUCUUUUUUGACGACGUUACUGUGCGACACCACGCCACCUCUUGUCAACUUUAUCGUGGAUUUUCAGUGAAACUGAAGGCUGAUAUGAGAGAAUAUCACAGCAACACUGUAGGACAUGAUUUCAUGGAAUAACACCGUUUCUACAACACAAUACUCUCCUUUUUUAUUUUUCAUUUAUUUUCUAUAAAAUCCAAGGAUACUGUGUCUUUAGCCACAUUGGAGCUGAACUGAUUUUUUUAUCCUUUAUUAUUAUUAUUAUUAUUAUUAUUAUUAUUAUUAUUAUUAUUUUACUGCAUUUAUAAAGUAAAACUUUUGAAAGAUGCACAGGACAACCUAAAUAUGUACAAGAUGGUGUCCAUAUGAGGACGUGAAUGUGCCAUUUACUAUUUCUAGUGCUUACGGAUGACGUGUUUGUUUCAUCUUUUUUCUUUUGCCUUUUUCUCCUGCCAAUGUCAAAUCCUUAAAAUGAGAGACUGUAUUUUCCCUGAGAUCUUACACACUUUAUUGUAAAAACACUUUUGUUUCAGUUCAGUGCUGAGUUGGUUUCGCUCAAAGUACAAUCAACCUGAGAGGGAUCUGUUGGGAGCUGAGAGAAUGUUCCUCUGAGAUCACAUGUCAGUGGACAGUUCUGUACUCUGGUGGUUGUAAUGAGGUCCUAUCAUUAGAACAGCCAGCCACAGCUUGGGCUUUGACUGGAUAUUUUUGUGUUUUAGCAUCUACAAUGUGAAUUUGGUGGAAUCUUGAUUGUUACAUGCAUGAGAUUAAGAACCCACAAAGUAAUCUAGUGUGCAUGCUACCACAACAGUUCAGUUCACCCUUCAUGUCACAGCUCUGGCUCCCUCACAACACUGACAGUAUUUCUGACUUAAAGGGGCACUCCAGACCUUUAUUAUUGUUCUUCUAUAAAGUUGAAAGACUUGCAAUAGGUAUAUUUUGAAAAUACCUCAAACCAAUGAAGACUGAAAUGUCCUGACUUUUAGUCCUAAUAUUUCCAUAGUUCAGCAUGUUUUUUACUCAGAAGUUCCCUGCCUGAUUAAUAUAGACAUCUUUAAACUCCACACAUUCUGUUUGUAAGACUAGACUUCUGCUGAAAAUGUGUAGUCUCCAUGAUUAGGCUGACAAAACCCUGGUGACAUCACUAUGACAUCAUGAGCGUUACGUUGUCAGACUAGGCAAAACCUGAGACAUUAUAGCACGCCACAGGAGUGAGUUCUUAAACCAGGAAGUGAAUUAGCAUUUCAGCGCCAUGGGGGCUAACCUCUCAAACUCAAUGAGGAUUUUGAAUGGGUUUCUGUAUCGUGGCCUGAAAUAAGGUCUGUGGUUAACACAAGCUGAAGAGAUGUCGGCGUUUUGUUUUACGACAUAAAAUACAUUAGUAAAUAAUACCUUUUUAUGUGACCUUAAAUGGCGGUUGCUAACAAGUGGCUGACGGGGACAUUAAACGUCAUCUCGCUGGACACGGCAGGAACUCUCACUAGUCCACCUUACAACCUCCAGUCGUGAUUUUCUGUGCUCUUGCAAACUCUUGUAGAUUGUAAAUUAUAUUAUUAAACAAUUUAUGAGGCUAUGGUUUAGCUAGCUUUUCAAAACUGCUGGUUAGCUUGUCGGGUAACGUCUUAAAUCAUGUGACCAUGGUGUAGUUCCCUAUAGCAUAACGUUAGCUUUUUAAUUCUGACAGUUGCAUUAGCUCUUAAAACAUCAUAAAGGUGGUGUUCAUUUGCGAAGAUAAUCCUGCUGAACAAAAACCUGUAAGCAUCAGAAAUGUGUGUUUUGCCACAGAGCAGUGAUCCAAAAUCCAAAGCAAAUAUCCCAUAGGUGAUUUCUCAACAGACCCCAUGGUGAUGCUAACUUCCGGAUUGGCCUACAAAAAUACAAGUCAUUUAAUUUCCGCCCUAUACACCUGUAAUGACAGGCUAGAACAGAUGUAGGCAACCUGAGGCUCUGGUCGGUCCAUUGGAAUUUGUAUUCUUCAAUUGUAAAAAUGUGCAGCUAAUAUGUGGCAUGGCAUUAUAAAGCCAACUAAAAUCUGCAUCAUAGCUUACGACUUCAUAGCUUAAGUCUACGGCCUGGUGCCUUAACCUCUAAAUUGUGUUAACUUCGAGUCUAGUUUUGAGUUUUUCUAGCUAGAUGAGCUUUCGAUUCCAAAUUUUCUGAGAUAUUUCUUCGGUGUCCAGCCUCUUAUUUGCACUUUGGGCUUCGCUGCAUUCUUCACAUGCAUAAAUGUUCAUUAUGGUCUAUUAGUCAUGUUGUUAGGCUCAUUUAGACUUAGUUAGGCUGUUUUAUCUUUAAUGUUAGGCUCAAAAUAAGUUUGCGGCUCCAUUACGAUAUUUUUUCUCUUUUUUUGGCCAACAAUGGCUCUUUUGUUAGUCAAGGUUGCACACCCCUGGGUUAGGACAUACCGGUCUGAUUUUGCUGAGUGCCCCUUUAAAGUGUGUUGAGGAGAGGCAGCUGAGUAGAUCUAGUGGUGUGUUGUUACUCAGGAUCCCAGCAACAGGUUUGUGAAUCAGUGGCUGUUUGUGGCUGUUGGAUCUCUAACAGGACUAUGUUUAAGGGCUUGGAUGUUUCAAUAGUAUCCCUCAUUUGCUUUGGAUGAGGUCAAAUUUGUAAAAUAUACUGUGAUGAGGAAAAUCAAUGGGUUAAUUAUGGUCAGGUCUAUUUCUUGCUCUGACAAAGUCAUUUCAUCCACUUUUUGAAACAGAAAAUGGAAACAGCCACUGAGUGUUUACACAGCAUCGAUUGCACUUUAAGACAAAAACCCGCAGAGCAAUCCAACAUACUCUGACAGCAGAGCCUCUGUCGCCAACAGCGUGGCUUUCUCACCAAAGGAUUCAACUCGGCAGUCUCCUGCUAAACAUAAUCACUCUCAACAAAGUCGCCUUUCUUAUUUUUGUAUCAUUUUAUCUAGAGAUCGAACAAAAAGAAAGAUGUCUGUCUUUAUAUCCAGUCAUUUGGACGUGAUGGCAGGUGAUCAAGAAAAGUUUCUCUCUUUGUGAAGCUAUGUGGUUUGUGCCUUGUUCCGAAGUUGCAUUUAAUAUGUCAAAGAUAUAAAGAUGACUAGUAAUAAUAUCUAGGGACUGUCAUAAUGAUCACAUGCAGUUGUUAUUUAGUUUCAUCAUGCUCAUGUAUAUUUAAAGGGAGAAUUUAAUGACCCUGGUACUGUUCCCCACCAAGAAAACAUCGUUGCACCAAGUUCUUUGUUGUUGUUUUUUUACAUAAAUGUGAUUUCUUUCCAUAUAGUUGUGAGGUUGCGUUUCUAAAAGCUCAGAAGUACAAUCAAGCCUUUGAGACACAAGGCCUGUAAGGGUUCAAAGAUGAUCUCUGAAGUCCAGACGAGUCUGACUGCAGUGUUUAUAUGUCACAGAGACUGUGUGUGUUAACUUUCUUUACAUGCCUAGAAAUCAGUUUUGUCCUCUGCAGUGAGGUCUGCUCCAUGUUGAUGUCAGAUUGCUGAUGGAAACAUUUAUCUUUGCCCGUAAACUCAGUUCUCUGCCGAGGGAGCUGAAAGAUUGUGAAUUUGGAUGGAUUAAUUUGGCUGAAGCAAGUUUCAUCAAUGGGUUUCCAGAUUAUUUUAUCAUCUGCAUUGUACCAUACUGUUCUCUUGUUAAUUAGUCUUUUCUUACAUGCUAACAUAUUGUUUUGUUUGAGCAAAUGAAAUAAAACAUUGCAAUACAA